CGAACUGAGCGGGGCAGUGGUGGAGGCGCUGGUGAGUGCUCUCCAGGCGAAGCAGUUGACGCCGGUGCCGUGUCCGCCGGCUCUGCUCGGCUUGGUCGAGCGUUUCCACCGGACGUGGAAGGAUAUGGUCGCGAUGUUCGUGUCGGAGGCACAGAGUGAUUGGAAUCGAUGGCUGCCGCGCGCGGCCUACUCCUACAAUGGUGCGAGGCAUUCAGGAACGGGGUACAGCCCCAACGAAUUGAUGAUGGGCCGACGUCUUCGGGCCCCGAAUGAGCUGUUGCGGGCGAGUGGCGCCACGCAGGUCGGCGUGUUCGCCGAGUAUCAUCGAGCGUUGGUGAGGAACAUGGCGACGGCAACGGAGGCGGCCAAGAAGGCGCUGGUCAAGGACCAGUUGAGGCGGGCUAGGUACUACGAUCGACAGGUGCGGGCGCACAACGAGUUCGCGGUUGGCGACAGCGUGUAGGUGCUGCGACCACCUCGUGGCAAAGGAAUUACGAAACAGGCCCAUAAGUGGCUGGGCCCAGCUCGUAUUGUAGCAGACGCGGGCUUUGAUAAUUGGGAAGUGCUACGCGAGGACAAUGAUGAGCGGGUGAUCACGCACUGCAGCUUCUUGGUGAAGUGCAGUUGCCCGAGUAACUCACUGGGCGUGGUGGCGGAGCGCAUGCUUCGAGAACUGAGCGAGGAAGAGGUGACAGCUGGCGGUGCCGCCGAGGAAC